AAAGUUGCUCAAUGUUAAUGUUUGACAAGUAGGAAGAAGGGCCUUGGCUGCCAUAUCUCUCACUUAGACAACACUUGGCCGCACUCUCUCAGUUCUCCUUCUACAUAAGCGUUUGUUUGCUGCUCUGUGAAGGAAUUACAUAUUCAAAUCCUGAGGGAGAACCGAUGAAAGACACAAUGGAGGUGCUGGUGCUGAUCGACUUCGAGGGCACCAUGAGUGACGAGAUCUCAGUGAAGAUGGGGGAUGUGGUCAAAAAUGUCACCAGGGCCAGCGAGGAAGGAUGGCUGCAGGGGGAGCUGAGAGGGAAGAGAGGAAUCUUCCCCGCCAACUUUGUCAAGGAGGUGCCGGUGGAUUUGAUGGGGGACAGCAAGAGGGAACCACGAAGCAUCAGAAAAACCAAGAGGAUGAAACAGACGAGGAUAUGCGAGGUAGCGUUUUCCUACUCUCCCUUGAAUGAAGACGAGCUGGAGCUGGUUGUUGGCGAGACUGUACAGAUCAUCAGAGAGAUCGAGGAUGGCUGGUGGAUGGGGCUGAAAAAUGGAAAAGUGGGAGCAUUCCCUUCCAACUUUGUCAAAGAAGUAUUUGUCAUCCCUAAAGAUGGAAAGCACAACGAGGGCAAGUCAAGACCCAAACUCACAGAUGCUGUGUUCACUAAGGAGACGUCGCAGAGAGCAAGUGUGAGGAACAAAGGCAGAAACUCUUCGGAGUGUUGCCAAGUCAUGUUUGACUACAAGGCCAAAGCAGAGGACGAGCUGGAGAUGAAGAAAGGAGAUGUUGUUGUGAUACUGAGGAAGGAAACAGAAGAUGAAGGCUGGUGGGAGGGAGAGCUAAACGGGCGUUGCGGCUUCUUUCCUGAUAACUUUGUCAUGGUGAUACCGCCAAUGGACAGCCUGCAAUCUGGGAACACGAGCCAGCCGCCUGCACGCAGCAACAGUACGAAACUCCCAGGGAAGACAGAGGCUUCAGCGAUGGACAAAGGUGGUCCAGCAAAGACGAAAGAUGAUAAACCAGAGCCUAAGGACCUAAGAAGCCUUCCUCCAACCAAAGUCAAGCUUCCAUCCCUCAACAAGCCCAGUCCGCCUCCAAUCAAAGACAAACCUACCAAGCUCUUACCAAACAGAACCAACGGUGAUGUGGCCCCCAUCGUACCAAAAAGGCCGGAGGAGAAGGACGAGGACCAGUUCGACGGAGUGGACGUGCAAACUGAAAAGCUGAGUCAUCCUACAGCCAACAGAGCCAAACCUCCUCAGAGGAGACCACCGUCAGGCCUGGUCGCAGCAGCGCAAGGUACAGAUAAUCUCCUGUCAUCUCCUGCAAAACCUGAGCAUCCACCCAAGACGCCGCCUCCAGUCCGACCAGCGCCGCCCAAAGUCGUUGUGGAUAGCAACGCUGUGACCAACAAAGAAGAGCCAACUGUGAAAAGUCUGCAGGCUGAAAUCAAAGAGCUGAGGAUGGCGCUGGAGCUGCUUCAGACACGACAAGAGCGAGACAUGCAGGAAGUGAAAGAAGAACUGAGGGAGGAAAGAAGCAAACGCCUGGCGCUGCAGGAGGAAGUGCAGAGUUUGAAGAUGAAGCACUGAUCCCCACACAGACUCUGAUCGAGCUCUUGGACUGCAAAUUUUAAACAAGAUGGACAUUUUUGUCUGGAAACUGAGGAGGAGGACAGACACUGAAGACCCACGAGCAAGGGCUACGUUAGAAAGCAUAAGGGGAUCACGGUGAUCCUGCAACGGAGCGGAGAUCCUCCAAAAGACUAUAAAUAACAUGCUGUUAAAUUAUUGUAUAUUUAACCACUGGAAAUCACAAAUACUGGUCCUGAGUGGGUUACGCUUGGUAGCAAGUAAUGUUUUACACUGUCACCUUUCUUACUUUUACUGUAGGUUUUACUGUAGACUGUUUUUAAUGCCUCAACAGAAUUUGUAAUAUAUGCAGCUGUACAUAGGAGGAAACACUGUGAUGACUUUUGCAAAGAGCUGAAAAAGUAAUUCUACGUCAUCCAUUGUUAUCUGAAUGUCAACGAGUGAAAUAACUACUGUCAAAAACAUGGGCUGAUGCAGGUGACUUUAUACACCGCGGCGUAAUGUCGCUUUAAUCCACUGGAGGGCACUGUAUGCCCAUUCUUCUAAGAGAAGUGUUCGGCUUUGUCAGUGAAUACAAGUGGAUGAAAGUGACCUGGCAAAAGUAGUCCUGUUUUGCCAGCACAUUGGGUAAGAGAGAGUAUCCAAAUCAAACAAACUAUACAUUGCGUUUAGAGGAGUAAUUGUGUUUACAUUUUAUUGUUAAUGAAUAGUGCCUUCAUGAGACAAAAACUGAAAUGCUCCAGGAGUUGCACCAAGUUCGUGGUCAUUUAUUUAGUUAAAUGAAAAAAAGGUGUCCCGUGUCGCUGAGAGAAAAACUGACUCAGAUUUUAAUGAGUCAUCACAGUAAAUGUAAAAAAAUGUGGGAAGGGAGUUAAUGAGAAAUUCCUCGCACCCAUCAUAAGAAAACCUAUUUAACAUGGCUAUAUUUGGACCACGCCAACAAUGUUUAAAGAUUUGGUUUUGGCUCCAAAUGCUGAGCGAAGCGGUGGUGGUGGCGUGUUGGUACUACUAUUGUCGCCUAGUGUAGAGGACAUCUGGGCAACAUCUGGAGCACAUCAGGGAUUGGGUGCUUCUGAGAUGUCCAUGGGAACAAGCUAUUUUUAAAAGCUAUGUUGAAUAAUGGUCAUUAAGGGCAUGUUCCCACUCGGACGAGGGGUGAAGAAAAUGAGGGUAAACAAACAACGGGUCAGCUGAUUGUGCAGAAACGUGAAGAAUUUUUUGACAGACAUGAACAAUUAAAGCCCUGCAAACACAA